AUCCUAUUGCUAUUGGUCAAGUCCUGGUCGGCAAUCUUACAAUGUUCUCUUCACCCAUGUUCUUUGAUGGCACUUAUCAUGUAGGAAGGAAAAAAAAAACAAAUUUGACUAGUAUUUGAAUUCAUUCACUUAUCCCUUAUUAUUAUUAUUACUAUGAUUAUAAGGUUCCUUCUGAUUCUCCUCCAAGUUCUGCUCUCAAUCCUGAUGUAACAUUUGCCAUAUCCUUUGUUAUUAUGAUAGUGGCUGCCAUUGGAUCUCUUUUUGCUGUUUCUGUCUUUAUUAUUGUGGUGAUAUUCCGAAAAAAUGAAAUAUUCAAGGCUGCAAGUCCUUUAUUUUGCUGCUUGGAAUUAAUUGGAUUUAUAUUCACUUAUGCAUCAGUGGUGAUGAUGAUCGGUCCACCUUCUCAAACAACAUGUAUCGCUAUGCCGAUCUCUUUUAGUUUGGGACUCUUACUUGUUUUAAGCAACAUGAUCGCCAAAAACUAUCGAAUUUAUCGCAUCUUUAACAAUAUAUUUAUCAGUCGAACAGUGAUUACGGAUCUUCAGUUGAUCAAGUCAGUUACAGUGAUGAUGGGAAUAGAUUUGAUUAUUCUUGUGAUUGGUCUUAUUGUGGUAACUCCCUAUCCAGAAAAGGUCAGUGUAUCUUUGACUCAAUAUUAUUGGUCUUGUAAUGUGGAACAUCCUUCCAAGUUGGUCUUUGCUGGUCUUCUUUGUUCUUAUAAUGGGAUUCUUUUGAUAUUUGCAACUUUUUUGGCUUACAAAACUCGUUUGGCUGGAAAACACUAUAGUCGAUAUAGCGAAUGUCGACAAAUGGGAUUAUCAAUCUAUAAUAUCUUGUUCUCAGCAAUAGUUGGAUUUGUGGUACUUGUGAAUCCUAUGGCGGAUUAUUACACCAAAUACUAUAUCAGCGUUGUUACCGUGUUAUGGGCCACUACAUUUUCAUUAUUGAUUCUCUUUUUACCCAAACUUCAAGCAUUCAUUCAACAAAGACGACAAGAAAAAGAUAAGGAAAAUGAAAAACUAUCCGUAGCCAGUCAUUUAAUUGCAGCAGCAGCCGCUACCGUUGGAUUUGGUACCACUGGUGAAGGUCAUACUACUACUACUACUACUACUACUCAUCAUCAUCAAAAACAACAACAACAAGCACUUCUAUCGACCAACCAUCUUCAGAAAAAACAGCAUUCAUUUUACCAUAUGGGUUCAAAAGAGAAUGAUCAUAAUGCUAUGGAACUACUUAGUCUGGAAGAAAUCUUGGGUUCGAACGCACCAGCAUUAUUUCGACGUUCUAUUCACAACAACAAGUAUGAUUCAUCCAUAUCCAACAAUAAUAAUAAUCACGAAGGUUAUAUUGAAAAUAUUGGUCGCAAUCAUGGUAGUUAUGUCGAGGUGUAUGAAGCAGAUGUCCCAGCUCGCAAGGUGUUAAGGUAUCUUCCAUCUUUAUCCCAAUGGGAAAUGUUACAUAUCAUGGUAUUUCCUUGGCUUGGCUAUUUUUCCUAUAUUUCGAAAAACGCAAAACAAGGUCGUGUGAUGACAUAUCAUCAUGCAUCGGUAUAUACAGCAGAAUUAGAAAAUUAUGUACUCAAGAUCCAUGGACAAGGUAUGUAUGAUAUGUAUAUUCAAGUACCCGAUUUGAAAACUCUGGAAUUAUGGGAAAAACGAUUGAAUCAGCGACAUCAAGAGCAACAAGGGAACCUUUCAUUUUUAGCCACACCUCCCGCAGCUUCAUCAGCAGCAUCAUCAGUGAGGAGACCUUUGCGAUCAAAUACUAUUGAACCCGAGGAUUUAUCAGAAGACAAUCAGCCUUCCUUCUUUCGGCGAUCAUCGACUUCAUUCGACGAGACAACAGGAGAUCGACAUAUGGUGGAACCGAUAAAUAGAGACCAGCAUCGUAUUUCAUUAGAUUCUUCACCUACUUAUUCAGGAUCAUCUACCAUGAUUCCAUACUCUAUCAAUAGAAGCAAUAAUAGUUCCAAUGACUCCAAUCAUAUACACUAAUCUAGCAAUUUUUUUUUUCUCAUGUCAUUUUUUUUUUUUUUUUGUAGUUUAUUUUUCUGUUUUUUUUUUAUAUAUGUAUCAUUUUAUUUUCAUUAAUAAAGUUAUUCCAUAUUGAUCUUGUUUUUAUUACUCUUUUUGUUCAUUUGUUUGAGAUAUCUUAAUUAAGAUCUAAACUAAAACAUGAUGCUAUAAUGA